AUCACCGUUUGAGCUCGUGCCCAGUUUCGUUUCUGCAGAAGUCCUGCCUCUCACAGAACUACAGUCCAACAUCAUUACAAACGUGUCACACACUCACAGCAAGGCGUUUAAUACUGAACUGAGAAACCAAACUACACGACAUGAUCAACCAAGGAGCAGGUCACCGGAAUCAGUGGUCCAAUAGAAGCUCAAACGGGGGAAACAGAGACACCCAAAAUGUUUGUUUUCCCUCUCAAACUCAGAUUCCUCCAAACACGAUGAUACGAGGUUCACCUGGCAGCGAUCCGCUCACAGUAAAUCCAGCUCUGAAUGAACUGAGACUGGUUCUGCUGGGAAAAACCGGUGCGGGGAAAAGUGCAACGGGAAACAGCAUCCUGGGAAACAGAUGCUUUAAUGAUGAACUGAGCAUGGGUUCAGUCACGAAAGAGUGCAAGAGAGCGUGCGGAACGGUGGAAGGACGAAAUCUCGUUCUUGUGGACACACCUGGGUUUUUUGACACGGACUUAACAGAAGAACAAUUAAAACAAGAAGCAAUUCAUUGCCUGGCCAUGAGUUCUCCUGGUCCUCAUGCGUUUCUGCUCGUUAUUCCAAUAGAGCGAUAUACAGAGGAGCAGCAGCGCACCGUAGACAUGAUUCUGGAGAUGUUUUGUGAGGACAUCAGCAAUUACAGCAUCCUGAUAUUCUCACACGCCGACAGACUCAGAGGAGAAUCCAUCGAAAGCUUCGUUUUGAAACAAAAUCGAAAAGUUCAAGACCUCGUGAAGAGAUUUGGGAGGCGUUUCGUGGCCUUUGACAACACAAACCUUACAAACCCAAAACAAGUGAGUCGACUCCUGCAGAAAGUAGAUGAGCUGUUGGUCAUGAAUGAGAAUCGUCCCUUCACUAAUGAAGUUACAGAAGUAAUGCAAAAAGCCCAGAAGAUAAUAGAAGAUAGAAUACAAGCAGAAAAGGCUGAAAGAACGAAGAAAGUAAAGCAGGAGGUCAGAAAACUGGCUGAUGCUCGUUGGCGUGAGUUUUUAUCUUACAUUACAGAAGAGAGGCAAGAAACGGAACGAAGAAGGAAACGCAUUCAACGCAGGAUUGAUCAGAUGGAGGCAGAUAUAAAGAAGGAACAACAGAAUGUGCAACCGAUUCCAGAAAGACUGAGACGGUUCAUAGAGUCUCUGCUGACGGAGAUGGAGAACAUGGAACGACUGGAGGAAAGAUGGAUGGAGGAGGAGAGAGAGAGAAAGGAAAGAGAAGAGCGGGAACAGAACAACCUGGAGAUCUGGAUCCAAGAAGAGGAGCAGAGGAGAAUGAGUGAAGGAGGACAUAAUAAUCUUCUUACUCCAGAUUAUAAUAAAAUGCUGUUUAUGCUGACCAUGUUUAUGUUGGGGAUUGGGGCUUCAUUUGCACCCGCUCUCUUACUGUUCCUGUUCCCUGCAGCUCCAGUGGUGGAAACUGGAUUUGCAGCAGGGUUAUUAACCAACUUGUUGGCUGCAGAAGGAUGGAGUUUCGUUUGGGUGGUUACUGGAGUCGCCAAAGCUGUGGUUCUGACCCGCUGCUCCAUCCAGUGAAAUCAAGAUAUAGGCCAACCGCGAAUAAGUGAAGAGCGAAAAACAUUAAGCUUUAAAAACAAGACACGAGAGUAUCACAUAAUGGUCCUAUGAAGCGACGGUAUAUUCCUAAGUGUUAUAUAUUCAUCACAACAUUACUAAUGUUUAAUAUGAAGGAAAAAAAUCUGAAGAAGAAUAAAAAUAAA